GCCUCGGCUGUCUCCUGCCCCGGACGCCGUGGGGCCGUUCUCGGUAGGUUGCGUCUUUGGCCCCCCAGCUUCUGACAUCGCCAUCGCUUCUUGACUGUCCCUUUUACAACAUCCGAUCAUUUUUAUCCCCUCUGCAAUCAGGCAAUAGCUCGUUUCAUCAAGCUAUUGCUGUUUUGUUACAUUAUAACCAACUAUUUCCUCAGACUAUCGACGUCACCUGCUGCCUUGCCUGCGCGUCCACGCCACCUGGUCACUACCGAGCCUGUGGCUAUUGACAACUGUCCGAUCUUUGACAUCGUCUCAUCGCCGCCAUGGGUAAACCACAGCGCAAUACCUUGCCCAUUAUACCACUGGCACGCAACUCCAUCCUGCUGCCAGGUCUCGUCCAGCGCAUCACCGUCACUUCUAGCCGACCCGACAUCGCUGCUCUGCUCGCUCAUGUCUACGAACAGGCUGCAUCCAAGGGCCCCGACAGCCGAAUUGAUAGUAUCCCAAUUGCUUGCGUUCCAAUAACAUCACCUCUUAUUGGGCAAAAUGGUCAACUUCUGAUUAAUAACGGCGAAGAAGUUGAUCCCUCGCAGAUCGAAGAGAUCAACCCUGGCGCUGCUAAGAAGUCGGACCUCUUCAAUUUCGGUGUCUCUGCCAAGAUUAUCGGCAUUGAUGGGCGCGGCGCUGGAGAAUUUGCUCUCCGAGUCGAGGGAACUUCACGCAUACGAAUCGAUUCGAUAACUCGCGAACGUCCCUUUUUUGAAGGACAAGUGUCGUAUUUCACAGACGAGAUUGAUAUUGCCGAUAAACAGCUUCAGGACCUGUUUGCUCUUCUGAAGCUUCGAUCCCGCGAACUCGUAACGAUCCUCCGUAUAUCAUCUCUUCUUCCUCGCACCAAGGGCGGCCCUGGGCUCUCGCCUAGCUUGACCAAGCGCCUGGAGCUUCUCAUCAUGCGCCGAGAGCUCAAGGAAGCUGGUUUACUGGCAGACUUCAUGGCAAAUCUCGUUGAAAUCACACACGAAGAGAAACUGGGCAUUUUGGCCGCACUUGAUACCAAAGUUCGCAUCACGAAAGUUAUCGAGCUGUUGGAACGCCAAGUUGGCGGCAUCAAGAACAACUUCAAGAUCACCACAUUCACUUCUAUGCCGGUACACAUCUUGGAUCGUCUUGGCGAAUCGCAGAAGCGCCAAGGUGGACUGCCUAGCAUGCCAAGCAUGAACUUCGUUCCUGGCCAACAGGGUGGAAAUGACGCUGAGGAUCAGGAAGCAAACGAGCUUGAAGAUUUGAAAAAGAAACUCCAAGCUGCCAACUUGCCACCAGAGGCUGCAAAGGCUGCCGACAGAGAACUUCGUCGCCUCCAGAAGAUGAUGCCCAUGAAUCAAGAGUACCAAGUUAUUAGGAAUUGGCUUGAAACUCUAUCUGAUAUUCCAUGGACGACCAUGACAGACGACCGUCUUGGCCCCGAUACCUUGGUCCGAGCCCGCAAGCAAUUGGAUGACGACCAUUAUGGAUUGGACAAAGUGAAGAAGCGACUGAUUGAGUAUCUUGCUGUUCUCCGUCUGAAGCAAUCGCUCAACGAUGAGGUUGAUGCCAAAAUAAAGGCACAAGAGACAGCCAUGACCACCACCAACACCGGAACCGAAAGCUCACCUGAAACUACCGCUGUGCGUGAUGCUCAAGCGACACAGCUGCAGGUUUUGCAGUCGAAGAAAAUGACCGACAAGUCCCCUAUCAUGCUCUUGAUAGGCCCCCCUGGUGUAGGAAAGACUAGCUUAGCCAAGUCUGUUGCUACAGCACUUGGCCGCAAGUUCCAUCGCAUCUCACUUGGUGGUGUCCGCGAUGAAGCCGAAAUUCGUGGUCAUAGAAGAACCUAUGUUGCUGCCAUGCCAGGCCUUAUCGUCCAAGGAUUGAAGAAGGUUGGCGUUGCCAACCCGGUCUUCCUCCUGGAUGAGAUUGAUAAAAUCGGCAUGGCUAGUGUCCAUGGCGAUCCGUCUGCCGCCAUGCUGGAGGUUUUGGACCCAGAACAGAACAAUUCGUUCCAAGACCACUACAUUGGCAUGCCUAUUGAUCUUUCAAAGAUCCUCUUUAUUGCAACCGCCAACAACCUGGAGACCAUCCCGGCCCCUCUUUUGGACCGCAUGGAAAUGAUUUAUCUGCCUGGUUAUACCACGCUGGAGAAGAGGCAUAUUGCACUCCAACAUCUGGUUCCAAAACAGAUUCGCGCCAACGGCCUUGAUCUGGACCAAGUGAGCUUCAACCAGGAUGUUGUCUCCAAAAUUAUCGAAUCCUAUACCCGAGAGUCUGGAGUCCGCAACUUGGAACGUGAGAUUGGCUCCGUUUGCCGUGCCAAAGCUGUUCAGUUUGCUGAAGCGAAGGAUGGAGGGCAACUCGAUAGUUACAAGCGUGUUUUAACCGUUGAAGACGUCGAAGACAUUCUUGGCAUUGAGAAAUUUGAAGAGGAGAUUACUGAAAAGACAAGCCGACCUGGUAUUGUCACUGGGCUGGUUGCGUACAGCUCCGGAGGAAACGGUAGCAUCCUGUUUAUCGAAGUAGCUGAUAUGCCAGGCAAGGGGUCUGUUCAGCUUACUGGUAAACUAGGAGAUGUUCUCAAGGAAAGCGUUGAAGUCGCCUUAACAUGGGUUAAGGCACAUGCUUAUGAACUUGGACUAACACAUGAAGCAUCAACGGACAUUAUGAAAGACAGAAGCAUUCAUGUCCAUUGUCCAUCUGGUGCCAUCCCGAAGGAUGGUCCCAGUAGCGGUAUAGGCCAAGCUAUCGCCCUCAUUUCCCUCUUUUCUGGAAAGCCUGUUCCCCCAACGAUGGCUAUGACGGGUGAGAUUUCUCUACGUGGCAAGGUGACAGCUGUCGGUGGCAUCAAAGAGAAGCUCAUUGGUGCGCUCCGCGCCGGGGUUAAGACCGUUCUUCUCCCUGCCCAAAAUCGCAAAGAUGUUAAGGAUCUGCCACAAGAAGUGAAAGAUGGGCUGGCUAUUAUUCACGUUGGACAUAUAUGGGAGGCUAUCAGGCUGGUUUGGCCCGACUCUCACUGGGUCAGUGACAGUCACUACGCCGGCAUCGAAAGCCGAUUGUAAUGCGGUAUAUGCCACUCUUGUCCCAGGAGGUAUAGCCUCUGUGAUAUAUCUUGGCGUAGCUGAUUGCAACCAAGACCGCAGGUCCAACGCUUGAAGCUAUGGCUGCGAUACUGCCUCGGCGGCCCUUGCCGCAUUGCAGUAGCGCACGUUCACCAAGUACCGUGCAAGAUGCUGCAGAUAGGCGAGCAUUGUACUAACCAAGCCAUGAUUUGGUUGGUCAAGAUGGAGCGAGGUCUGGUAUUACAAGGUGGUGACUUAACGUCAUACAAUGCCGUACGAUGGAACUUCAAGUGAUGAUGGGAACCCUGUGACGGCCUGAACUAUUUAAUGUCCAUGUAUUUGGAGAGGUCUUGGGAUUUUCACGUGUGGUGUUUUACCAAGCAUGGACCUGUAUAUUUCUCGACUGUUAUUGUACUUCAUUUUUCGUAUAUAGUUUUGCAGCAAGCCAUUUCUUGU